AACCAUUGUGAACAGGACACUUCCUCUGGGCAGGUCCCAAAGGCUGCUGCUUGCCUCGGAUUCAACGUGAUCCAGCCACUCGCUCAUUUCUUUCGUCUCACUGGACGAACCCUUUGCCAUGGAGGGCCACCGCCACGCAAUGGAAUCGAUCCAGACCACCGAGUUUGGUUCAAAACGGUUCCACGACAAGAUUGAGCAGCAGCAACAACAACACCAACAGCAACAGCAACGUCAUCAUCAGCAUCAUGAGACGCAGCAUGAUACCGACUCUUUCGCGUCAGGAUCCAAGUUCAUCCUACCUUUGCGCGAGUCUAGGGCCGAGGUCGAUCCUAUCAAACCGGAGAGGCGCGAGAAGAGAGUGUUUCCUAAUCUGAGGCACAAGUUCUCGUUUCUUCACCAUGGGAAACCGACACAUCCAACAGUCGACGUCCCACCGGUGCCACAAAUAGCGCAAAUACCAACAUCAUCUUCGGAGUUCCGCGAGUCGACAGAGUCAGGGCGACAGAGGGUUCGACUGGAUGAACUAUUCGUGCGUUUGCCAAACGAACUACAAAUACAGGUUAUCGCCAACCUCUCUCUUCCCGAUAUACUCAACCUACGCCUGUCUUCCAAAUCAUGGCACUCACUUAUCACAGCCCACGAGGGCCCCAUCGUGCGACACCACUUACUACACACCAUCCCCGCCUACGCACGUCGGCUAUAUCCGGUCAAAGACAAUACGGAAUUCAACUUCCACUAUCUUUGUGGCCUGUGGCAUCGAUUACAUGUCGCCGCCAAAUUAGCCUACAUGAUGAGCGAAUGGAUAACAAAGGACAUUUUCCUGCGACAAACAGAUGCACAGCGCCUCGCAUUCUCGGCACAAAACGAACGUAUGCGGCGGCGCCUGAUACCUCUGCUGUUCACAAUCUUCCACUUCUUCGAGACGUAUCGCAAAUUGCACCUCAAGUAUGUGCAGGAGCACGGUCACGGGCUGAAGAUGGGCGCGCACACGUUCAACCCCAUUGAGAAGGAAAUCAUGGACAUGUACGACGACGAGACCCUUUUGCGGGUGCAUGAAGUGUUCCCGCUGGUCAUAUCCUCUUUCUGCCGCCGACUGCGACCACCUACCUAUGUCGGACGUGUUGAACGAUCGCUGCGUGGUUACGUGCGAGAGAAGCCAUCUGACGAUGUCCAUUCGGCAAUCCUUUGCAUUGGCGGACUGCGCGAGGUCGAACGGCUCUGGGAGAUCAAAGGGUACAACAAGCGUCGAACAGCGGUCGAUACCUGGUUCGGCUCGUUAACCAAGGAUGCACUUUCAUCCGAGAACCCAGCAUCCCCUGAGCAACCCGUCAAGACGCGACGAGGCUUGUUCGGUCGUAAAAAGUCAACUAGUGGCGAAAGCCGCGAAGGUACCCGCGAGCACCAUCGUUCCUCGUUCAGCAGCCUACACCGCACGCGGAGUGCCUCGGGGUCGAUUGACAACGGGUGGACGUUUGAUUCUAACUGGAUCUUCAACACUUCACUCUCCGCCGGCGUGCCAAUGGGCUCGCUCAGCCGCGAGCAAGCCCAGACCAUACUGGACGACCUGCCUGUUUUGCAGAGCAUCUGGAUGCCCACAGCCGAGGCUCUCAUUCUCCAGCGCAAAGUUGUCGGCAGGCCACAAGAUAUUCGGCGCAACCAGCAGGUCAUGCUCGACCUCAUCCGUGAGGAGGGGCUCGAUAGCAUGGACGAGUGGUGCUAUGGACGCAAACUACACGACUCGGUGAAACCACCACCAACGACCGCUGGCGACGACGAGGCCGACUGAAGCGGGGGUUCAUCACCCCUGACGAUCAUUACUAUCCAUCUACUUUUUCAUAAGCUGUUUGCGUGCAUAAACGAGGAAGGAAAAGGGCAUUUGGCAAGGCGUUUACCGGGUAUUAUCGUGCUUUACGGCGAGCAGGUCGUGACAGUCGACGUCACCACUAUUAUCAUCACACUUUCUUUUCCUUUUUUUGUCUCUUUUGAGGUCAACGCCAUGUUUGGGAUGGCCAUUGUUAUGUUAUGAGGACAGGAUAGAUACCGCGUGGGCGGAUGCAUAGGUCGGCUACGUGUGAUUUCAUAGCGAG